AUGGGCUCAAUCGAAGCACCACCGAACAGCAUCCUCGAUGUUGCCAUUGUCGGCGCAGGCCCGGUUGGCCUUGCUCUAGCAUUGGACCUGGGAAAACGAGGCAUACAUACCACUGUCUUCGAACGCAAGCCACGAACAUCAUCACAAAUCGAAGCCAAAGCCAGCGUGAUCAAUGAACGAACAAUGGAAUAUCUCCGCCGUCUUGGCUGUGCAAGAGAAGUCGCAAAUUCGGGAUAUCCCAAAGACUUACCUGGCGAUACAGUCUUCUGCACGGCGCUGCACGACAAGUACAUCGGAAGAUUGGAGAUGGACUCGGCUGAAAAGCGUGAGCUGCCAGAGCAAAGUAGUGAGAUGCUGCAGAGGUGCCCACAGUGUUGGUUUGAUCCAAUUUUGGCGAGAGCUGUAGUCAAGCAGAAGAUGACUGAGAUGAGAUAUGGCUUUGAGGUCUCCGGCUGUGAGCAGGAUGCGAACGGUGUGACGCUGUUGAUCAAGAAUGCCGAGACAGGUCUGCUCGAUUCGGUCAGGGCAAGAUAUGUCGUGGCUUGCGAUGGUCCCGGAAGUGCAAUCCGCAAGUCGUUGGGCAUUGAUUUCCAGGGGAAAGACCUUGGACUCAUGCUGAGCUCGAUCGUCGAAGCCGAUAUCAAUGGCAAGCCACCUUUCGGAGCUGCGGCAGAACGAUACAUGUGCAUCGGUACAGAAGGCACGUGGGGGAACUUUACCACGAUUGAUGGCCGCAACCUUUGGCGUUUCGCUGUAGCUGGCAUCAAGGAAAGGAUUGAUCCAAACACUUACGACAUCAAACCUCUCGUGAAGAAAGCACUGGGCCGAGAUGAUAUCGACUUCGACGUUAAGAGGGUCCUCCAGUGGCGGAGAUCUCAGUUUACGGCGGAUCGAUAUAACUCCGGAAGAGUGUUUCUUGCUGGAGACUCUGCUCAUACAAUGUCUCCAACUGGUGGCCAUGGAAUGAACACCGGUAUGGGCGACGCUUCUGAUCUCAGCUGGAUGUUGCAAGCUCUGCUAGAGGGAUGGGGCGGACCCAAUCUCAUCGCAGCAUACGAGAAAGAACGUCGUCCCAUUGCAGUGCGAAAUGGCCAGACCUCAACCAAGAACUUCGCCAUCUGGCAAACUGGCAAAGACAAGAUUUUGGAUGACACUCCCGAAGGUGAAGAUCAGAGACGCAUGACUGGAGAGAACAUGGCGGCAAACAUGCGACAAGAGUUUCAGAGUCUCGGGCUUGCACUGGGGUACAACUAUGGGGACUCGUCACUAGUUGUGCCAGAUGGUUCUGAAGCCCCAGCUGAUGAUCCUGAGGUGUAUAUCCAGACUGCCAGACCAGGUCAUCGAGCACCCCACUGCUGGCUCGAGCAAGAUAAAUCUACUGUCGAUUUGUUCGGCGAUGGCUUCGUCUUGUUGCGCUUUGGGCCUGAGUCGGCAGAUGAUUCACGUUUGGAAGAAGCGGCAGGCAAGGUCGGAUUGCCUUUGCGGUCGAUAUCCAUCUCGUCGAAGGAUGCGGCUGAGUUGUACGAGCGUCGACUCGCGCUUGUGCGCCCAGACGGAAUGGUGGCUUGGAGAGGCGAUUUUCUGCCAAACAAUGUCGACGAACUCGUUGACCGUGUGCGAGGUGUCAUUUAAACAUGUAGAGAGAUGAUUGAAGUACUUUGCAAUGUGUGGAGUCCAGCAGAAUCGGCUCGUUCCCCAGACUCUCGCGAUCGUGUUGCGAUGUUUGCUCCAUAGUGGCACAGCCGCUGGCGGUGUCCCGAAAGAGACAGAUCCUGCCUUUAUAACUGCAACGGAAUCCUGCUUUGUCAGGGAAGUGGCUAAACAC